UAUUGCUGCAAGCUGGACUAGUCAUGUUAGUGUUGGGUUUUGGAUGGGACAGGUGGUUCAAGAGGACGCUAUGACAAAUUCCUGGGGACCAAGGAGUUUGUUAUUAACACCAUGGGCAACACCAAGGAUGACUUUGGGAAUCUUUGCAAAUUGUAUUUUCUGCUUGAAAGUCAAAUACUUACCUCGUCAACAGAAGAAAAAGCUGCAAGCUGAUAUUAAAGAAAAUGGUGGAAAGUUUUCCUUUUUAUUAAAUCCUCAGUGCACACACGUAAUCUUAGACAAUGCUGACAUCGUCCUGAGUCGGUGUCAACUGAACUCCAUCCAAAAGAAUGAUGUCCAGAUUGCAAACCCAGAGUUCAUCUGGGACUCUGUCAAAGAGAGGAGACUAUUGGAUGUGAAGGAUUAUGAUCCCAAGUCACUGGCUAUAAUGCCACCGCCAAGUGGAAAGAGCUGUGCUGAGGUGGAAACAGAAGAUGUGUCUUUGGACAACACCCCAGAGAAUGAAAACACCCAAGUCACUCAGGUUUCUGCAGAGAAUGUUGAAAUUCCUCAUUUUCUUCAAGACUUUGAAGUUGUGAAAUAUAACAUCUUGGAAAAGGUGGGAGUGGACGGAGGCCCGGAGACUGUGGUGGUAGAGUUGCAGUGCUCCCGGGACCCAGGGGACUGUCCCUUUGUGAUAUCCGCACACUUCCUCCUGGCUGACAGCGCACAGACUAGGAGAGAGAGCGCCGGAAAGCAAACCUCUGAAGGUGCCAGUGAAUAUUAUGAGCGUUACAUUGAGGACCUGAAGAGCCGAGGAUUUCUGCUCCAAGAACACUUCCCGGCUGAAGCAGCACAGUUAGCAUCUGAAAAGCUGCAAGUGUUGCUUUUGGAGGAGGUCAUAAGUUCAGGCACUCUGAGCCAGGAGGUGAGCCGUUUGGUGGAGAUGGUCUGGGCAGAAGCUCUGGGACACCUGGAACACACACUUCUCAAGCCAGUGAACAGCAUAAGCCUGAAUGACGUGAGUAAAGCAGAGGGAAUUCUCCUUCUCGUAAAAUCGGCUCUGAAGAAUGGAGACACAGCAGAGCAGCUGCAAAAGGCGAUGGCCGAUUUCUACCGACUGAUUCCUCACAAGCACCCGGCAUCAGAAGAAAUUAACCCGAGGCUGUUAGCUCAGAAAGAGGACCUUUGUCAGCUAAUAAGAGACAUGGUGAAUGUUUGUGAAACUAAUUUAUCCAAACCCAACCCGCCAUCUCUUGCCAAAUACCGAGCUUUGAGAUGCAAAAUUGAGCAUGUUGAACAGAAUACUGAAGAAUUUUCCAGGGUUAGAAAAGAACUGUUGCAGAGUAAUCAUGGUGAAAGUCCAGUAGAUGUCUUGCAGAUAUUUAGAGUUGGCAGAGUGAAUGAAGCCACAGAGUUUUUAAGCAAACUGGGCAAUGUGCGGCCCUUAUUUCAUGGAUCUCGUGUACGGAACAUUCUUGGAAUCUUGUCCCGAGGGCUGCUUUUACCUAAAGUAGCCGAAGACCGCGGCGUGCAAAGAACAGAUGCUGGAAAUCUGGGGAGCGGGAUUUACUUCAGCGACUCACUCAGUACGAGCAUUAAGUACUCACACGCAGGAGAGACAGAUGGCUCCAGACUCCUCGUUAUCUGUGACGUUGCCCUGGGGAAGUGUAUGGACUUAUUCAAGAAGGAUUUUUCUUUAACUGAGGCACCACCGGGCUAUGACAGUGUGCACGGAGUUUCGGAAAUGGUGUCUGUCCCUACAGACUUUGAGGAUGACGAAUUUGUUGUUUAUAAAACUAAUCAAGUUAAAAUGAAAUACAUUGUUAAAUUUUGCAUUCCUGGAGAUCAAGUAAAGGACUUCCAUCCUUAUGAAAAUACUGAAUUAGAGGAACCCAGAGCUGAGCCUUCAAAUGUUUCAAAGGUUGAAGAUUUCCAGUUACCAGACAUCAAGCCCUUCACCAACGUCAAAGCUGGCCUCCAGGACGCAUCUGCCAAUUCUGUCCCUCUUGAAAGUGUUCACAUCAAAGGAAGAAUAAUAGACUUUGUAGCCCAGGUCGUUGUGUUUCAGACAUACACAAAUCAAAGUCACGUGCCUAUUGAGGCCAAAUAUAUCUUUCCUUUGGAUGACAAGGCAGCCGUGUGUGGCUUCGAGGCAUUCAUCAACGGGAAGCACAUAGUAGGGGAGAUAAAGGAGAAGGAAGAAGCCCAGCAGGAAUACAGAGAGGCUAUCAGCCAAGGCCACGGUGCUUACUUGAUGGACCAGGACACUCCGGAUGUUUUCACUGUUAGUGUUGGAAACUUACCCCCUCGGGCGAAGGUUCUCAUCAAAAUCACCUACAUCACGGAACUCAGCAUCCAAAGCCCUGUGGCCAUCUUCUUCAUGCCUGCCACUGUGGCGCCCUGGCAACAGGACAAGGCUUUGAAUGAGAACCUUCAGGAUACAGUGGAGAAGGUCUGUAUAAAGGAAAUAGGGACAAAGCAAAGCUUCUCCCUGGCUAUGUCCAUUGAGAUGCCCUACCACAUUAACUUCAUCUCCAGUGACACACACGAACUGAGACAAAAGAGUACGGACUGUAAAGCUGUGAUCAGCACUGUGGAGGGCAGCUCCCUAGACAAGAGCGGGUUUUCUCUCCACAUUGGUUUGCGUGAUGCCUAUCUCCCAAGAAUGUGGGUUGAGAAACAUCCAGAAAAAGAAAGUGAGGCUUGCAUGCUCGUCUUUCAACCAGAUCUUGCGGCCACCCUUCCUGGCCUCCGUGAAAAGAAUGAAGUGAUUAUUUGUCUUGACUGUUCCAGUUCCAUGGAGGGUGUGACAUUCGUGCAAGCCAAGCAAGUUGCCCUGUACGCUCUGUCUCUGGUGGGUAAAGAGCAAAAAGUAAACGUUCUGCAGUUUGGCACAGGUUACAAGGAGCUAUUUUCAUAUCCUAAGUACAUUACAAGCAAUAAAAUGGCCACAGAGUUCAUUAUGUCCGCAGCACCUACCAUGGGGAACACAGACUUCUGGAAAAUUCUCCGCUACUUAAGUCUCCUGUACCCAUCCGAAGGGUUACGGAACAUUCUCCUCAUAUCUGAUGGGCACCUCCAGAGUGAGAGUCUGACACUGAAGCUUGCGAAAAGAAAUACCCAGCACACCAGACUGUUCACCUGUGCUGUUGGUUCUACAGCAAAUCAUCACAUCUUAAGGACCUUGUCUCAGUAUGGUGCUGGAGUAUUUGAAUAUUUUAACUCAAAAUCCAAACAGAGUUGGAAAAAACAGAUAGAAGCCCAAAUGACCAGGAUCCGGUCCCCGGGCUGCCACUCUGUCUCCGUCAAGUGGCAGCAGCUCAGCAGGGACGCCCCUGAGCCUCUGCAGGCUCCGGUCCAGGUGCCUUCCUUGUUUCAUAAUGACCGGCUCCUUGUCUACGGAUUCAUUCCUCAUUGUACACAGGCAACUCUGUGUGCGUUCAUCCAAGAGAAGGAAUUUUGUACAAUGGUGUCAACUACCGAGCUCCAGAAGACGACUGGGACUAUGAUUCACAAGCUGGCAGCUCGGGCCCUGAUCAGAGAUUAUGAAGAUGGUAUUCUCCAUGACAAUGAAACCAAACACGAGAUGAAGAAAAAAAGCAUGAAAUCUUUGAUUAUUGAACUCAGUAAAGAAAAUUCUCUGAUUACACAAUUUACAAGCUUUGUGGCAGUUGAGAAAAGGGACGGUGAUGAGAUUCCUUUUGCUAAUGUCCCAAGUAUUUUGGAACUUGUUGCCAAAGAAGAUGUAGACUUUCUGCCAUAUGUGAGUUGGCAGGAAAAGCAGCCAGAGGCCAUCAUGGCACAGGCAGAAAUUGAAUAUUCAGGACCAAUGCAAGAUGAAAUCAUCAAUGACAGCAGACUGUUACAGGUGCCUGAAAUAAGCAUGGGAUACCCUGCAGCUGGAGCUAUAUCAGACAGUUUUUACUCAGCCAAGCCCUUCCCGGUCUCCUCUGAAGAGAAUGAGAAACAGCCACUGCUACAUUUAGCUAAAAAAUCUAAAAAAAAGCUAAAAAUAUGUCAUGUAGCAGUUAGUGACUAUCCUGAAGACUUGAUCCCAGAGCCACAGUCGCAUGCAACAGCAAGGUCUCCCAGGGCCCACUCGCAAUGGGAAGACGCGGAGCAGACGUUGGGUGGGAGUCGCAUCGAGCCAAUGAAAAGACAGGGAUUUAAAAGACUGAUGGCAGCUCAGCCACGAAGAACAGCGCCUGCUUCCGUGGGCUUUUCUGCUCCUGUGGUCGUGGCUGCAUGUCCCCCUCUCGCUGGUGGCCCCCAUCUUCCUCCCCGUCCCCUUCCCCCUCCCCCUCUCUCUGGUGGCAUCGAUCUUCCUCGUCCCACCCCUCUCUCUGGUGGCAUCCCUCUUCCUCCCCCUCCCCCUCUCUCUGGUCACAUCCCUCUUCCUCCCCCUCCCAGCCAUCUUCCUCCUCCCCCCAGAGAACUCAUCCCACCUAUAUUGGGCUCACCUAAGUUCCGCCAAAGCCCUAAGCCUGUCGGAGGUACCAGCAUCUUCCAGGCCUCAGGGGCUUCUCCGGGGCAGCUCUUCGCAGGCUUUGGCGGUGUCACUACUUUCUCAGAUAGUGACUCUAGUUCAAAGGAUUUUGAUCUAGGGAAAGUUUCCCAACGCCCUCCCAAAGCCCCAGAGUCGGAUUCCCGUCAUGGGUCACAUUUUCUCACCUCCUUCCGGUCACCUCUUUGCAGUCCUCCUAAGGCACUUUCUGCCCAUCCUCUUCCCACCAAUGUUCUCAGCUCUGAGCUAAGUCCCUGUUCACUUCAUCUUCAAAGUUUCUCAGUCCCUCGGAGCUCUAAUUACAGAAUUGCAGAUACCAGAAUGGAUUCACUGGAAUCAGUUCACCCAUCAGCUGAUUAUGCCAGCACUGCAUGGACAGAUGUCAUUCUAGAAGAGGGUUUGCCUGCCUCAUCCGGUGGAAGUUCUUUCAAAGCUGAAAUGGAUGAAGCAAGAGGGUAUAGAACAUGCCAUAGAAAGAUUUUAGGAAGGAUUGAGAAAUCUUCUGUGACAAGGGACGCUUCCCCAGAGGAAGAUGAGGAAUGGGUAGUCGGUGAAGAAAGCUGUCCUGCACCAUGGACUUCACUCUUUGCUCUACAAACCGAGGAUGGUUUUUGGAAAUUGACACCAGAACUAGGAUUUAUAUUAAAACUUAAUGUAUAUGUUCUACGCAAUUUUCUUGAAGAAAAAGGCAUUCAAUCUCUAGGUACAAAAGGAAGAGACCGUCUCCUGGACCUGAUUGCCACGUUGCUGGUACUGCAGUUUCUUCGUUCCAAGUUGGAACAAGAAGGAAUGGUUGCCAAAUCACUGAUAAAGAUGGAUGUCACCUUCAUCUCCAGGAAUAUUCCGUGGGCUUCUGAGAACAUUAAGAAAGCAAGUGAAUGGGCCAGAAGAACAGAAGGGCAGUACCCAUCCAUCUACCAACGGCUCGAGCUGGGUAAAGACUGGGAGUCAGCCACAAAGCAACUACUGGGGAUUCAGCCCCAAGCCAACAGUUCUCUUCACCAGAUUCUACACUGCAAUCAAGGCUGAACCCAGUGAAACUGCAUUUUAAACAUUUCUCAUAUUUCUUUUUGUUGUUUUGUUUUUCAAGACAGGGUUUGUCUGUGUAGCCUGGCUGUCCUGGAUCUCCCUCUGUAGACCAGGCUGGACUCAAACUCACAAAG